GUGUGCUCUUCUGUCCGAUUGUUCUGUCCCAGGCUUUGGUGUGGAGCAGGCAGCGUACGGCGUGCAGACCCAGAAUUACCCCAAAGGCAGCCUCCUGGACGUGUGUCCAUCCUCCUCGGCGCCCAGCAUGCUCGGUUCUGAGCAGGAGUUUCAGAUGCUGCCCAAGUCUCGACUCAACACCGUCAGCGUCAACUAUUGUCCCAUCAGUCAGGACUUCCCGAGCAGGAGCUUGAACCUGCUCGCCGGUGGUUCUGGGAAGCCCGGGGACCGCGACUCCCCCGAGAACGGCACAGACAGCUUCGAGAGCUCAGACUCCCUGCUGCAGUCCUGGAACAGCCAGUCGUCGCUGCUGGAUGUGCAGCGGGUGCCGUCCUUCGAGAGCUUCGAGGAUGACUGCAGCCAGUCCCUGUGCCUCAAUAAGCCGACCAUGUCCUUCAAGGACUACAUCCAGGAGAGGAGCGACCCAGUGGAGCAGGGCAAACCGGUUAUACCCGCGGCAGUGCUGGCCGGCUUCACGGGAAGCGGACCUAUUCAGCUGUGGCAGUUUCUCCUGGAAUUGCUCUCGGACAAAUCCUGCCAGCCCUUCAUCAGCUGGACUGGAGACGGCUGGGAGUUCAAGCUCGCGGACCCUGACGAGGUGGCCCGCCGGUGGGGAAAGAGGAAAAACAAGCCCAAGAUGAACUACGAGAAGCUGAGCAGGGGCUUGCGCUAUUACUAUGACAAGAACAUCAUCCACAAGACGUCGGGGAAGCGCUACGUGUACCGCUUUGUGUGCGACCUGCAGAACUUGCUGGGGUUCACCCCCGAGGAACUGCACGCCAUCCUGGGCGUCCAGCCGGACACGGAGGACUGAGGUCCGCGGGGCCCCGAGCUGAGCCGGCCCGGCCCAUGUGGGGCUGUGAGUGCGGCCAUGCGGCCGACUGCUCCAGGGACCCUGAAAGGCGGGAUCAAACGCAUCCAGGGGACUCCCCAAGAAGCAGUGGCCUUAUUUCACCGGAAACCGCGGCUUUUCACCCAAAGCGGCGUGGUUUCUCACUUCUAAAGCCUGCUGAUAGGAACACGCUAUUUAUGAUGCUAUUACAUUAGAAUGGCCAAGAAAGAAGCUCUGGGAAGCCGUCCUGGCUCCGAGCAGGCCAUGGGACAGGAACGUUCAGGCCGUUGGAUAUUCUCCAAGGAGCGAGCAUGUCUCGGGCACACACUUUUUUUUUUUUUUUCCAUUUUCUUUUGCCUUUGGCCGUCAGGAAUCACGAGGGCAGAAGCGGUCUCUGGUUCAACGAGGCGGAGGGUGCAGAGAUAGUCGUGCCGUUUCAGAAGUUAGUUUGUAUAUAUGACUGUAAUCUUAAUUGUUGUCAAAAUCCUCUCAGAGUCCUAUUUAACGAGAACUGUAUAUUGUAAUUUAAAAUAAUUCUGUAAGUGUAUUUGAAAUAAGAACGCAGACGUCCGGUGUUCACUGCGGUUUCCAAGAGCACGUGCGGCGUCCCGCGAACACGGGGUCUGCCACGGCGGGCGAAGAAGUUGUAAAGUGUGUAUUAUUUACAUUUAAUAUGCUUACAGGUAGACGUCGAAGAGGGUCAGUCCCUAUUUCUGUUUUGUUUUGCCUGGAUGAUUAUCUGGCAAGGACUUUGUACAUUUGGGAAUUUUUAUGAAACACUUAAUGUUAUUAUCUGGAGGCCCAUCUAGCCUCUGCUUUUCUCCUUAACCGUAAUGUAAAAGCUAUAAAGCAGUAUUUUUCUUGACAAAUGGCAUAUGUUUUCCAUUUCUGUGCAUGCCUUUAAAUCCGUUUAUACAUACAAGACUGAUUUUAUUUUUUAGUUCGACUGUGUUUCCCCAACAACUAACCUCCCCAACCAGCCAUUUCCUUCCCAUGCUCCACCUCCGUGCCCCAAAUUAUUCUGUAUGAUUAAAAUAAGAAUGCUAUUUUUGGAAAUAUGUGGCUCCUUUUCAGAGAGCAGGAGGGAUUUAUGUAGCAGCUACUUUUACUGCAGAAGUAAUUCACUGGAAGAAAAUGUAAUUUGUAAGAAAGCUCUAUUUUUAUCUGCGCUCCUUGUGAAGUUAAACAGGUCAUACUGAGCUGAAGCCCGGGGCAGGUGGGGGACAGGAGGGGGAAUCUUCACGAAGCCUCUUGGUCGUGAACGAAACACAACUUUUCCCUCACCUGUGGAGUCGUGGGCUAUCUGGACAUGAUGCUGCUCCUUUCUGCUCAGUGCCCAAGCUCUGUGUUCUUGUUUUCGUGGAUGCAGAAUGCCCAGAGGCAAAGAGAGGACAAGCAAGAUGGGAGAGAGAAUCCGCUGGAGGAUUUGAGGUGAAAAAAAACGUGUUGCUCACCAUGGAGACUUUCAUGAUUGUUUCCAAGGAGCACCUGGGUGGGCAUGUGUUCGGGGCGCUUGGAAGCGAUCAAGCCAAUGUGGUUUCAGGGCCGCAUGGGCCUCCCUUGCAAUGCGGGGGACACUCGGAGCCGUGGCUGACGUCCCCAUAGAAGAGUCCGUCCGUCUAAUGAGGCUGUGGGGACUGGGUGGCAAGGCCAGCUGGGCAGAGCAGCGCCAGAGCUGGGUGACUCAGUCCCAGUACCUACACGAGACCAUUUCCAGUGUCUAAGCACAGGAUGUUUUUCUCAAGCAGGACAUGUUUAUCACUCAAACAUCUGUUUAUAACAUCCACAGACAUGUGACUGGGAACAUCUUGCUGCCAAAGGGAAUCUUAGCCAUCGGCUGAUUUUAUAUGGGGUUGAACCACAUGAAAUUGCCAAUAUUUGACUUUUUUUAUCUACAGAGUUGGGCGGUUUCAUGUGAUUCAACCUAAUAGUUACAGAAACUAAAGCCCAUGAUAAACCUUUGGUGUGGUAAUGAACAGACUUAAGGAUAAAGAUUUUGUAAUCUGACCUUUUCUUUCUCAAAUAAUAAAGUAUUUUGUUUAUACAAACGCCUCCUUGUAAGGGUCCUCCUUUCGUCCCACCCCCAACAGGGAGGGAGGAGGGGAGGCGGAGUGAGGAUAGCAAAGCCCGAUCCAUUGUCCACGCCUUACCUCCCCCCCCAGCUUUCAGUCUAUUGAGAAUCACAUCUCCAUUUAACUGGUUUUACACAUGGGGUCACCCAGCAAAUCGUGACCAAGCUGCAACCCAGCUGUGAGCUCUUCCUGAAGGAACCCCCAAAAAGUGUUGCCUUCAACCGAAAGAUAUUUUAGGAAGGGAUUAGAAUAGAAAGAUCCAGGGGUCUUGUCUUUGCCAGGGGAUUGGCAGAGCUAACAGAAGAGAUUGUAAGGAUGCUUCAGUGAGGAACCCCAGUAGGGUUUUUGAGGUUCAGGGACUUUUCUCCAGGAUGCCUGACAUUGCUGAGCUGACUUUACUAGAGGGGAGGGUGGUGGUCCUGAGAUACAGAUUCUCAAAGACACUUCAGAUUUAGUGAGGAUACCAACAAACAGGUGGGUUACGUCACAGGUGUGCUGGAGGCCCCUGCCUACAGGCUGGCGAGAACAGGUCCCUUCCCCACUUUGCAUCAGUGAUGUGUUGGUAUCUUGAAUGUGAUUGUGGUGAGAGUAUGUGCGCCAUGAAAAUCAGCAGACACUGCAAAUCAGGGCUCCCCUCAAGCCCCCUCAGGGAGCUGGUUCUUAAACAUUUACCAGAACACCGCUGGUCAUCAGUGUUCACCAUAUUAGAAAUUAGAACACAUUUUAAAAUACAAUUCCUUUUAAAAAUAACAUUAAUGCUUUUAUAGAAAAUAACUUUUCCCAAAAAAGUGAGUGUGGCAUUGUUUUACAUGUUUUCAAAUUCCUUUAAUGUCUGAUUUAAAAGAAGGGAGCUGGGUUCUUAUAUUUUCUUCUGCAUUUUGUCUUGUGAUAUAUUUUGAAGGAAAUCAAGUCUCACACAGAUAUGUAAUUGGAACAGAGGAGUAUUUGGGAGAUGUCUGGGAUAAUUGUGGAUAUUGUUUCAUACUAUACCAAACCUGGCAAAUGGAAGUUUCUUAAAAGUUCAUUGCAGUUGGAAUAUGAAACCAUAUCAAUAAACUUACCUAUGAUUAUAAUAAA